AUGGGCUGCCCAAUGUGAGUUGUCCCCGGGGUCAUUUUGGGGCUGAAAAUGGUAAAGCCGAAGGUGCCUCAGCACAUGGAUUCCACCGGCUGCCAGGACCUGGGCAUGCCAGCAGUGAGGGACAAUGGGGAUGUUCCACAGAGGGCUGGGCUGCUGCUGUGUAACAAUGGGUGACCUGUGCCAGGGUGGGCCAUCGCCUUGAAACAGGGGACACCAUAAACAGAGCCACAUGCAGCAAGGAACGAGGGGGAGACCGCAGGGGGAGGAGCCUGUCAGCUGUGUCAGCAGCCAUGGCAGAGCUCACCCUGGGCCAGAUACUGGAUUCAGCCAUCGGGAUGCCCAAGACUGAGCCCAUCAACUUCGAGCAACUGCGCAACCUGCUGAAUGGGAUGCUUGUGAACCUGGGCCUGCGGGAUCUGGUCGUCCAGGAGAGUGGGGAACCCCCGGAGGGGACCCCGACAAUCCCCCCAGCUGCCUCCAUGGCUGCUGACCUUGAGGAGUUAAAGCAGAAAACAGAAGCCAAUGAAAGAGAAAUCGCUGAGGUCAGGGCUCUCUGUGAGCAGCUCCGUGUGGAGAUCAAUGAGGUGAAGGAGCAGCAGUCCCACAUGGAGGAGAACAUGCAGAAGAUGCAGGAGAUUCUGGACACGGCGAACUUGGAGGAUAUGGCAGAGAACCUCCACAAUGAGCUGACAGACCCUGUCAUGGACACUGUCACGUCUUCCAUGAAGGACAUUAUGGAUGAGGACGGACAGGUCCCCCCAGACUGGCAGCAGGUCCCCCCGGACUGGCAGCAGGAGCCUGGCAUGCACUCACACCCUUGGGAGGACCAGGGGCUGAUUGUCAUUGGCAAUGAAAUUGUCCUCACGGACAGGUUCAGGGCAUCCUCACCAAGGCAGCGGGAUACCCGGGCCCCCAGCCCUAUGCCCUCAAAAUCCACAGCUGAGGCACAGAGCAGAGGGAAGGAUUUGCCACCUGGGGUCACGAGCAGCCCCCGAGUCUCCUUCAUGGCAAGUGACACGGGAUGGAAUGACAUGGGAUGGAACAGCAUGGGACCGAUCAAGGACGAAGAGAUCCAGAUGGGCAUCUCCAAGGGAGCAGCUCUUCCCGGCCCCAAGGCAUGGAGCAGAGGGAAGAACAUGCCACAUGGGGCUGUGAGCAGCCCCCGAGUCUCCUUCAUGGCAAGUGACACAGGAUGGAAUGACAUGGGACAGAUCCAGGAUGAAGAGAUCAAGAUGGGCAUCUCCAAGGGAGCAGCUCUUCGAAGCUCAAGGGCAUGGAGCAGAGGGAAGAACUUGCUGCACGGGGUCACGAGCAGCCCCCGAGUGUCCUUCGUGGAAAGUGACGUGGGAUGGGAUGAUGUGGAUCAGAGCAGGGAUGAUGAGGAGAUCAAGACAAGCAUCUCAAAGGCAGAGGCUCUUCCCAGGCUCCUGGAUGUUCCCCCUGAGAUGAAGGACAUGGAACAGAUCAAGGACAAAGAGAUCAAGAUGAGAAUCUCCAAGGCAGAGUCUCUUCCCAGCCCCCUGGGUGCUCCCCCUGAGAUGAACGACAUGGAGCAGAUCAAGGACGAAGAAAUUGAGACGAGCUUCUCUAAGACAAAGAGUUUGGAUGGCAGUGUCACUGCCCUGAGAGUGCAUCCAGGAUCCCCUGGCAUCCACGGCCCCAUCCCGAUGAAGGCAGCACGAGGCCACCCAGCAUCACAGAGCCUCUGGAUGCCAGCUGAGAGUGUGGCUGGGACUGACAGUGGUAGCAGGUCCCGGACAGCCAAGGAGGCACAAGGAAGGGGCAGCUUCAGGAUGGAGCCCUCUGGGAUGAAGCUCCUAAAGGUGUCCUCUCCCGACUUCUUGCCCAGAGACCAGCCCUUCACCCUGCAGUUUUCUGGCCCGCCCUCUCCGCCCGGGUCUCCUGCCCUCCCUGGGCUCUCUCCGCCCGGGUCUCCUGCCCGCUCCAGACGCUCCGAUAUCAUCCCCUACACGCCGCCGCCGUCCCCCGGCCUCACGGGCCGCCUGCCCCCCAUCGUCAAACAGUACCAGGAGCGCGGCCAAAGGGAGCAGGCAGAGGGGUAUUCCCGCAGAUCCCCCAUGUACUGUGGGGGCCGGCACACCAGCAUCUGCCCAGUGCAGCCGAUGGAGCCCCUCCUCCCAGACCCCAGCAAGCCCGGCGUGUUUGACCUGGUGGGCAAGGAUGGAAUCGUCUACCGGGGCCGGCAGUGCAGGAGGACUCCUAUGGGGUCCUGGAUGGAAGGAGCAACCUAUUCCAACCUGCAGUAAAGAGCUACGAGCAGCCAAGCA